UAUGACUGCUAGCUUACGGACAGUGACGAAAAAAUCAUAGCCUCCAUUUACCGGGUUCUUCAUCCAUCAAAAUGAACCAAGUACCGAACUGAUUCCCGUUCUCAUAGUGAUGUUUUACUCGUCAGUCCAUGAGGUCAAUAAAAUUGAAACCCAAAGUUUGGGAGCACACAGUGAAGUAAGAUGCUUAUCUGAUUGCUAAUUUUAAGUUUUUCGAGCCUUUUUUUGGGGGGUUCCGGUAACUGUAGGGUAUGAGACAGCACUAAUGAUCAAGCGUGCACUAAUACAAGCUAUCAGUCAAGAAUAGUAGCUUUAUUCAAGAACAACCUUUUUCGUUUUCUAAGUGUACAAUAUGGUUGUUUCUGUUCUAUGUGCUUAACUAAGAGAAGUGAAUGACGGUUUCUUCUGUUUAUGGCACGAUAAAGGAUUUUUACUUUUUUCCUCAAAUCUUUUUCACAGAAUCUAUUAGAAUACCCUGCACUCACUUAGUUAUAUUUUCUCGAACUUCAUUAGUGCUUACGACAAUAAUUUAUUUUCAUAUGGAAUUGUUUAGGUUAAUUAUAUUUUUUCGAACAUCAUUAGUGCUUAAGACAAUAAUUUAGUCAGUAUUUUCAUAUGGUAUUGUUUAGGCCUAAACAACAACAAUGUUAGAGGAAAUGCAGAUAUAAGCAAGGAUUAAUUCAAGCCCAAAACUACCUUACAAUGUUUAUCAAACUGCAUGCAAUUCGCAAACUCCUCCGUUUAAAUAGGGUAACAAAAAUUACAAUGACUGCCAAUUAUACAUAUUCAUUUAUAUCCUUCACUGUAAUAAAGACUAUACAAAUAUCUUCAUCGU